GUGCUCGCGCGCGCGCGCUCGCGCGCCCGAGUGGAGGGGAGGCUCAGCUCACCAGGGGUGCGGGCUUGGAGGGGAGGGUGGGGCUUGGCUGCAGGCGGGUCUCCAUGACAACUGUCACCCGGCGGUGCGCAGGUCCCCUUGGGGUCCGGGGCGAUAGGCAAAGGUGGCAAGGCCUUAUCAGGGAUGGGGAGGAGCGCGGAGAGGAGACUCCAGGGUCCCGGGAGUGAGGGAAGGAAUGUGACAGAGACGUCCUCAGAAAGAGCAAUGGGACAGAUACUGAGAGGCAGCCACGCAGGCCUAAAAGGAUGAGGGCCUGGGAGGGAGGAGGCGCCUUCAAGACCCCUUGGGCCGGGCUCCAGAGCCGGUUCCUAGCAGCUGAAAAAGAUCGGGGGCGGGGGCUUUGGUGAGAUCUACGAGGCCAUGGACCUGCUGACCAGGGAGAACGUGGCCCUGAAGGUGGAGUCGGCCCAGCAGCCCAAGCAGGUCCUCAAGAUGGAGGUGGCCGUGCUCAAAAAGCUUCAAGGGAAGGACCACGUGUGCAGGUUCAUCGGCUGUGGCAGGAACGAGAAGUUCAACUAUGUGGUGAUGCAGCUGCAGGGCCGGAACCUGGCCGACCUGCGCCGCAGCCAGCCGCGGGGUACCUUCACACUGAGCACCACCUUGCGGCUGGGCAAGCAGAUCCUGGAGUCCAUCGAGGCCAUCCACUCAGUGGGCUUUCUGCACCGAGACAUCAAGCCGUCGAACUUCGCCAUGGGCAGGCUGCCCUCCACCUACAGGAAGUGCUACAUGCUGGACUUCGGGCUGGCCCGGCAGUACACCAACACCACGGGGGAUGUCCGGCCUCCUCGGAAUGUGGCCGGGUUCCGGGGAACUGUGCGCUAUGCCUCCGUCAAUGCCCACAAGAACCGGGAGAUGGGCCGCCACGAUGACCUGUGGUCCCUCUUCUACAUGCUGGUGGAGUUUGCAGUGGGCCAGCUACCCUGGAGGAAGAUCAAAGACAAGGAGCAGGUGGGGAUGAUCAAGGAGAAGUAUGAGCACCGGAUGCUGCUGAAGCACAUGCCCUCCGAGUUCCACCUCUUUCUGGACCACAUCGCCAGCCUCGACUACUUCACCAAGCCCGACUACCAGUUGAUCAUGUCGGUGUUUGAGAACAGCAUGAAGGAGCGAGGCAUUGCUGAGAACGAGGCCUUUGACUGGGAGAAGGCGGGCACUGACACCCUCCUGUCCACGAGCACCUCCACCCCGCCGCAGCAGAACACCCGGCAGACUGCAGCCAUGUUUGGAGUGGUCAACGUGACGCCCGUGCCCGGGGACCUGCUGCGGGAGAACACAGAGGACGUGCUCCAGGGAGAGCACCUGAGUGACCAGGAGAACGCUCCCCCCAUCCUGCCUGGGAGGCCCCCUGAAGGGCUAGGCCCCGGCCCCCACCUCGUCCCCCACCCUGGGGGUCCUGAGGCUGAAGUCUGGGAGGAAACCGAUGUCAACCGCAACAAACUCCGGAUCAACAUCGGCAAAACCCCCUGUGUGGAGGAGGAGCAGAGCCGAGGCGUGGGGGUCCCCAGCUCCCCGGUGCGUGCACCCCCAGACUCCCCGACGACCCCAGUGCGUUCUCUGCGCUACCGGAGGGUCAACAGCCCCGAGUCGGAGAGGCUUUCCACGGCCGAUGGGCGAGUAGAGCUGCACGAGAGGAGGUCACGGAUGGAUCUGCCUGGCUCACCUUCGCGCCAGGCCUGCUCGUCGCAGCCGGCUCAGAUGCUGUCAGUCGACACGGGCCACGCCGACCGGCAGGCCAGUGGCCGCAUGGACGUGUCUGCCUCUGUGGAGCAGGAGGCCCUGAGCAACGCCUUCCGCUCGGUGCCACUGGCCGAGGAGGAGGACUUUGACAGCAAGGAGUGGGUUAUCAUAGACAAGGAGACAGAGCUGAAGGACUUCCCUCCAGGGGCUGAGCCCAGCACAUCAGGGACUACAGAUGAGGAGCCUGAGGAGCUGCGGCCGCUGCCCGAGGAGGGCGAGGAGCGUAGGCGGCCAGGGACAGAGCCCGUCGUCCGCCCCCGGGGACGGGGCAUGCAGACACUGGCCGAGGAGGACCUGCGGCAGAUGCCGCCCCAGCCCCCACCACCCCAGCUGAGCCAGGCGGAUGGCCGGUCAGAGAUGUCGCAGCCCCCAACGCCCGGCAGCCCUUCCCACUCACCCCUGCACUCGGGACCGCGCCCUCGGCGGAGAGAGUCAGACCCCACAGGCCCACAGAGACAGUUGGAGGAGGACAGACUCUCGGGGCACUCCCUCCCGCGGUACAGCCCCCUGCGACGACUGGCGUCCUCCGUGUUCUCCUCCUCCACGCUGGAGACGGAGCAUUACCCUCACCCCGGCGGCGGCGGCGGCUCUGCGGGCUCCUCCGGCUCCCUCAUUCAGCGCAGCCGCUCGGCCGAGAGCAGCCCCGUGCGGGCGCCGCACCGGCGCCACGCGCCCCUGGCCGCCAGCAACCACAGACUCGUGCCCUCGGUGCUCCGCAUCUCGCGGUCGCAGCUGCAGCAGGUGUUCUCGGUGGCGCCCCCAUUCGAGGUGAACGGCCUCUCUCGAGCUGUGCCUCUGAGCCUGCCCUACCAGGACUUCAAGAGAGAUCUCUCUGAUUACCGGGAGUGCGCACGGCUGCUGCACAGGGUCCGGAGGGUGGGCUUCUCGCACGCGCUGCUCGCCGCCCCCCAGGGCCCGCCAGCUCCUGUCCAGCCUCAGGCUAAUGGGAACGAGGAAGAGGAGAAGGCGGAAGAAGAAGAACGGGAGGAGGAGGAGGAAGAGGAGGAAGAAGAGGAGGAGGAGGAAGAGGAGGAAGAGGAGGAAGAAGAGGAAGAGGAGGAGGAGGAGGAGGAAGAAGCAGUGGCUUUGGGGGAGGUGCUGGGGCCGCACAGUGGCUCCAGCAGUGAGGGCAGUGACAGGAGCACCGACCGGAGCCAGGAGGGCGCCCCAUCCACGCUGCUGGCCGAUGAUCAGAAGGAGUCCAGGGGCCGGGCCUCCAUGGCCGAUGGCGACCUGGAGCCUGAGGAGGGCUCCAAAACGCUGGUGCUGGUCUCCCCUGGUGACAUGAAGAAGUCGCCUGUCACUGCCGAAUUGGCACCUGACCCCGACCUGGGCACCCUGGCUGCCCUCACGCCUCAGCACGAGCGGCCCCAGCCCACUGGCAGCCAGCUGGAUGUGUCGGAGCCGGGCACGCUGUCCUCUGUCCUCAAGUCUGAGCCCAAGCCCACCGGGCCCAGGGUAGGACCUGGGGCUGGGGCAGUGACCACAGGGGCGGGAGGUGUGGCAGUCACCUCCUCACCCUUCACCAAAGUCGAGAGGACCUUUGUGCACAUUGCUGAGAAGUCUCACCUCAACAUCAUGUCUUCCGGAGGACAAGCCUCGAGGCCCGAGGAGCUGGGUCUGGAGGUGCCCUCAGAUGGGGGCACCACAGAGGAGGGCAUCCGGGUGCCCUUGGAGAACGGCGCAGGCCUGUUGGGGCUGGAUGGGGCCAGGGUGGAGAGCUGUGCCCUGGCUAGGCCCCCCGGGGAUACUCCCUUGGAGAUGGCCACAGACUCACUGCCCAAUGGCCCGGCCCUUACCGGUGGGCCAGUCCCAGAGUCCCUGGAGCCAGGCCCUGAGAAAGCAGUCACUGUCUCCCCCAGCCGCCAACCUAGGCCAGGCCCUCGGCCCCGGAGCCGCAUCCCCGUGCUGUUGUCAGAGGAGGACACGGGCUCAGAGCCCUCGGGCUCGCUGUCAGCCAAAGAGCGCUGGAGCAAGAGGGCCCGGCCGCAGCAGGACCUGGCUAGGCUGGUGAUGGAGAAGAGGCAAGGUCGCCUGCUCCUGCGGCUGGCCUCGGGGGCCUCAUCGUCCUCCAGCGAGGAGCAGCGCCGGGCCUCGGAGACGCUCUCAGGCACAGGCUCGGAGGAAGACACACCAGCCUCUGAGCCCGCCGCAGCUGCCUUGCCAAGGAAAGCUGGGCAGGCAGCUGUCACCCGCAGCCGGAUUCCCCGCCCCAUCAGCACCCUCGUGCCCACGCCCGCCACCACCCAGCAGCUUCCAGGCAGACCCCUCAGCACAGCCCCAGCACCUGACACCACCGUCACCAGCAGCAGGCUCCAGCUGCAGAAGCCCCCCGGAUCGGCCACUGUUGCUGACCCCCGCCCCAGGCAGCCCCCCAGCCGCAGCGCUGGCCCAGGGAGAACCCCAACCGCCAGGCCCCCCGUGCCCCGCAGCCCUGGCCACCCCGCCUCCACCGCACGCCACCCCAGCGUGUCCCCCCGGAGCCAGUCCCUGUCCCGCAAAGAAAGCUCGUCCCCCUCGCACCAGGCCCGGGCCGGGGUGCCCCCAGCUCGGGGUGUCCUUCAGGUCCGAACACAGCCUGAGAGUGGCAGCCCCUUCCCGGGGGGCCCCAAGAAAGGACCCAGAGGGAAACUCCAGACUCAGCGUGCAACAGCCAAAGGCCGGGCGGGGGCUUCGGAGGGCCAGGCAGGGACCAGAUAAUGACGCUCGCGGCU